UUACAAGAAGUAAAAGCAGGCAUCAAUAAACUAAAGACUUACAAGACUCAUGAUUCGGAUGAUAUCAUCAAAAAGUUCAUGAUAUUUUCAGUAUCAAAAAUGUUGUUAUUGUAUGUGAAUUUGUUCAACCUUAUUCUAGAGUCAGGAGUAAUUCCUACUGAUUGGCAAUUAGGUAAUAUUACACCUAUUUACAAGAAAGGUGACAAAUCUGAUGCCAUUAACGAGGUAUUACAGCCCUAA